AUGGCGAAAGGAAUUACCCUAACUCCAACCACAACAAACCAACCAUCUACCCGCCAGAACCCUGACAAAAUUUCCAAAUCCUUUGUUAAUUCGAAUGCCAGCGAUGGCAACGAUCUCCCCCAAGCCCAACCUCAGGUUUUCCCUGAAAACGAGACAGAACGUAAUCUCCGCAUUCGUCGCUUAUUUGAUGAGCUAGACAAAGAUAAAACGGGAUUCAUCGAUAAGCAUAACAUACAAACGACUUUUGAGAGACUCAAGCAUUUACCUGCACGAAACAAACAAAUCGAUAAGAGUAAUGAUAUGAAGUUGCAACCCGAAGAAAUUGAGCAGGCACUGGCAAAGGCAGGAAUACAUUGCACAAAACAAGAGCUUCGAAAAUUUAUGGAAGCUCUUGAUAAAGAUGGAAACGGUGUAAUUGACUUUAACGAGUGGCGGGAUUUUCUCCUACUUCUCCCUCGCGAAACUACUCUUCGAGAAAUCUACACCUACUAUCAAGCCUUUGCUAAGCUGAAUAUGGACGGCGACGUAAUAAUAACAGCAACGGAUCCACGUUAUAUUCUUGCUGGUGCAAUUGCUGGUACAGUCAGUCGAACGGCUACCGCGCCUUUUGAUCGACUGAAGGUCUACCUCCAAACACAGUAUCACACACUGCCGAGCCGCUCUCGAGCGCAUAGCGCAGUCUUGGAAUCAGCAAAGAAUUUGUUUAGGUCUGGCGGGAUUUUAAAUUUCUUUUGCGGUAAUGGGCUGAAUGUAGUUAAAAUUGCUCCAGAGAGCGCAAUCAAAUUCUUUUCCUACGAAAGAAUAAAAGCUGGAGUCGCUACAAUGUUGGGUAAAAAAGACAAGGAAUCAAUCGGAAUGAGUGGGCGAUUCUUAUCGGGCGGAUUGGCUGGUAUUAUAUCUCAGUUCAGCAUAUACCCUUUGGAAACCCUCAAAACGCGUAUUAUGAGCUCCGCUGGUGUUUCCUCUGCUUCGGCCUCAUCCAAUGAGGGUGUAUUGCUUACCACCGCGCAGGGGAUGUGGAAUAAGCAAGGAAUCCGAGCGUUUUAUAAGGGUAUUGUUCCUGCUUUGGUUGGAGUAUUUCCAUAUGCUGCAAUUGAUAUGAGCGUGUACGAGACAUUGAAAAUGGGGUAUGUUAAAUGGCAACAUGGUGAGGAGCUACAAGACCCGCUAAAGCCUUUGCGUCCGGCGAGUGCGUUCGUCUCACUUGGGUGUGGAAUGAUGUCGGGUUCUAUUGGGGCCAUUAUGGUUUAUCCCCUUGCGCUUGUGAGGACACGGUUGCAAGCACAAGGAACCGUCGGACACCCUCAGACGUAUGCUAGUACAACUGAUGUUAUCAGAAAAACAUAUGCUGCAGAAGGUAUUCGAGGAUUUUACAAAGGUCUUGUACCAGCUUUGACAAAGGUUGUGCCUUCAGCAGCAAUAACUUACCUGGUCUACGACAAGUCAAAGACGAUUUUUCACCUCAAAUAG